CGUUACUGAACACGGAUGUCUUCUGCAGUAAGAGGAACGUUUGUUUUUUAAAGAACCCCGAGCAGCACCAGCGAGAGUUCAUGUAGCAGUUUGGGCGCCCCAACCUUUCAGCCGAACUCAAAAUCUGACUGGGAUGGUAUCAUGGAUAGCGACAAUCAUAAACAAGAAAAAGAUCAAGGGGUUAAAAUGUGUCAUCCACCCUUAGAAGGCAACACACCAGCAGCCGACACCCUGGCAACCUCACUCUCACUUUUGGGGAAUCACAUGUUUCCUGACCUUGUGGCAAGAAAAGCUGCUAACAAAGAGGAGCCCACGGAUUCGCUCCCGUCAGACGCUCCAGCAGAAGAACUCGUUUUGGACUCAUCUCUUCUUAACAUGGCGACAAAUUUGGAAAGGGAGGAGUCUCAGAGUGACAUCUCCACACUGGAAGCAGACGGACUAACAGAGGACGGUGCGCAAAAAGACCAGAAUGAUUCCGGAGAGUUUGUCAUCACCAUGCUGGCCAAGGCCAAACUGGAGGAGCAAGGUCUGGGCUUGAAGGGUCGGUCGUCUCCACUAAUGGAGGUGGGCACCCAGGAAUCUCCGGCCUUCAUGUCCCACCGUGACGAGGAUGUGACGGCCGACAGCUGGCGGCAGCACAGGAAGCAUGUUUUUGUGCUGAGUGAAGCGGGCAAGCCCAUCUAUUCACGAUAUGGCAGUGAAGAGGCUCUGUCCUCCACGAUGGGCGUCAUGAUGGCGCUGGUGUCCUUUGUUCAAAGUGGAGAUAAUAUUAUUCGCUCAGUCUAUUCAGAGGAGCACACCAUGGUGUUCCUCCAGAAAGGUCCUCUGGUGCUAGUGUGUGUCUCCAGUAGCCGCCAGUCAGAGCAGCAGCUGCGUGGCGAGCUCCUCUACGUCUACUACCAGAUCAUCAGCAUGCUCACGCAGGCCAGCAUCUCGCGCAUCUUUGAACACAAGAAGAACUACGACCUGCGACGGCUGCUGGCGGGCUCUGAGAAGAUCCUGGACGGCCUCCUCAACUUGGUGGACUCUGACCCCAGCUUCCUGUUGGCGGCCGUGCACUGCCUCCCACUGGCCUCCUCUCUCAGGGACUCGCUCAGUCAGAUCCUGCAGAAGGCCAUCACCCCCAACCUGGUCUUCUCCAUUCUCAUUGCCAAGAACCAGCUGCUCACUAUCGUGCAGGAGAAGGCCGUCAUCGAGGAUGCCCGGCUGGAGCCUGCUGACGUCCACCUGCUGCUCAACCUCAUCGGCGCCUCGUCCGCCUUCCAGGCUGGCGAGAUCUGGACUCCCAUCUGCCUGCCGCUUUUCAACCCCGACUGUUACUUCUAUGCGUACAUCUCCUACCUGGACCCCCCUGAAUGCACUGUGUGCUUGCUGCUGCUCUCCACGGACAAGGAGGCCUUCUACGCCGUGGCCGAGUGCAAGAGGAAGAUCGAGGAGGCUAUGGCAGCUCAGCACUCACUCAGCCUCAUUGCCAAGGCGCAGUCGUACAGCGUGAGCCAGGUGGGCGUCUCUGACCUCAGGCACUUCAUGUACAAGCCCUUCGACGUUCCUGACAACCACCGCCAGCUCACACAGUUCACCAGCCCAGAGAUGGAGGCCCCGUACAGCAGCGAGGAGGAAAAAAUGAGGCUGCUGGACCUUUACCGUUACAUGCACAGCCGCAUCCACAGCACCUCCAGACCCCUCAAGCUCAUCUACCACGUAGCCGAGAGGGAAACCCUGCUAGCAUGGGUGACGAGCAAAUUUGAGCUGUACACCUGCUUCAGUCCCCUGGUGACCAAGGCGUGCGCCAUCACGGUCAUCACCAAGCUCCUCAGGUGGAUCAAGAAGGAAGAGGACCGCCUCUUCAUCAGGUACCCGCCCAAGUAUUCGACUACGCCAAACCCCAGCAAGAGCUCACGGGCUGCCAAGUUGGACCAGUACGACUCCACAGAUAAUAACGGCUUCCUGUCUCUCCUAUGAGAUUCUUGGGAGAUCGCUGGGAAUCAAACACUACCUUUACCCACACUAUUUAAUUCUUAAGGAAGCGUUGGCAUUUGGGUAAUUUCAAGCAGGACGCCUCUGUGCCAAGCAAGCAGAGGUUAGAGAGUUUUAAUUUGAGAUGUUAGGAAGUGAUGACAAAGCUAUUUAAAUGUUUUUACAUUGUUUUAUUGUUAGACAUCUCAUGGACUAUGAAUGUAUCACGGGGGGACUUCUUUACCGGGAUUAUGCAAACCUAAUGUGGUGUCUGAGGCCAGAAGCAGCAAAAUUCAUAACAAUAAGUCAUGAAAUUGAUUUUUUUUUAACCAUAAAUGCAAAACAGCAACAUAGGAAACACUUGCCUGUUACAGCCCAUCAACUAUCUGCCGCCAUUUUUAAGUGUUCUCAUCACACAAGGCUGUUUCAAUUUGUGCACUUCCAUACUUCCACUUCGCACUUGGAGUGCGUAAGUGCUUUCACAGUGACAAGCAUGCUAAUUGCAGUGUGCCGUCUGUACCUGGAUGUUGCACUCGCUUGGUUGUAGUUCACUACAAGUCACUUCAUGAACGAAAAAGGAAAGAAUAAGAACACAAAGUGGAGAAGUAUUGCAAUUGGCAUUUCUUCAAAGUGCGCAACGGCAAUAAUGGAUUUGGAACAGCACUGCAUUUUCCAAAUUACCACCCUCAGGAAGUCAGUACGCAGUGUACAUAGUAUACAGUACAUAUUGAAGUGGAAGUGUGUGAUUUGGAACACAACCUGUGUUUCAAUUUGCGCACUUCCACACUUACACUUUGCACCUUGAGAAAAGUGUGAUCAAAGUGAAAGCAUAGUGAAAUGCAGUGUGCCGUCAGUACCCGGUUGUUGCGUCCAAGAUGACCCAAAUGACGUGUGUCGUGAUGGAUACUAACCACCCUCAAUCAUUGCCAUCUUGGCUAGUUCACAGAAGGGGAUGAACUAACUCGUUGAAAUUCACAAUGAAAAACAGAAUUGGCGUACUCAGGAGCUAAAUACGCAGUUUACACUUCAAUAUGUAUACUUUGUACUCUAUGUAUUUAGUUCCCGAGGACUUGAAUUUUGACAAUGUAGUGCUGUCCCAGAUCCAUUACUGACGUUGCACACUUACUUAAUUGCAACCACUCAAGUUACCCUCUCCCUUCUGCUGUGUAGCUAAGAUCGCCGCACGGUUCUACUAGUGUGAACGCACUUAAGCACUCAAACUGCUAAGUGUAAGUACGGAAGUGAACUGAAAUAGCCUUAAGAUUGUGUAGUUAACGUUUGCUUCUGUCUGUAGAGAAUUCAGGAUCCUUUUCUAAGUUUUUGUAAAGAAGACGGCAGCCCCAUUCCGCUGUUGACACUUGAAAGUCUUAAAAGAGUCUUAUGUCUAUGAUAGUAUUAAGAAAUAAAUGCACAAACACAGGAGAGUGAGCUUAUUCUUGUAUUACAGUUAUACCUAAUGUUGUGGCAUUACCUUUUUCAUUUGUGAUAAUUCCUUAGGGACCACUAGGCUACUUUUUUCCUCCCCCCCCCCCAGAUCUAGAUGAUUGAAAUUUCUAGUGUUGACAUAAUGCAGUUCACUUAGAACAGGAUUACUACGCAAGUAUGGGAAUUGAUUUUGUACAUUUCCAGGUCUUGAAACGUAUGGAAAAUAGAAACCCAAGUAUGGAAAAAUAUGCAUGUUUCCAAUACUGUUACCACUGUUCUGUUGUCUAGAAGAUAAAAUGAAUAACUAAAAAACUAAAAAAACAUGGCUUUAUCGGUUUUUCUAACGUGUUUGCUAGGGCAGCUAAGAUAGUGUGAGAGCACACAGUAGGCGAAGCAUCCCGGAAAACAUUUGGGAAGACUGACAAGUUGAAUGGCCAGCCCCCUGCUCAUAUCCUCCUCCAACUGAUAAGAUAAGAUCUCCUGGAAUAUGGUGAUAUAAUGGCAUACAUACUUAGAAUAAUGAAAACAAACGAUUAAUUGCAUAAUUUCUUUAUUUACUGUAAAUUCUGGACUAUUGAGCGCACCUGAAUAUAUACCACACCCACCAAAUUUAAAGAGAAAACUUUGUUGUACAUAUAGAGACAGCACUUGUCUAUAAGCCGCUAGUUUCCUUGUUGUAACAUGAGACAUUUACACAGAAAGACCCUAUUAACCGGCCGCACGGUGGACGAGUGGUUAGCAUGUUGGCCACACAGUCAGGAGAUCGGGAAGACGUGGGUUAGAAUCUCUGUGUGGAGUUUGCAUGUUCUCCCCGUGCGUGUGUGGGCUUUCUCCGGGUACUCCGGUUUCCUCCCACAUUUCAAAAACAUGCAUGUUUGGCUAAUUGUGAAUGUGAAUGAUUGUCUAUAUGUGCCCUGUGAUUGGCUGGCGACCAGUCCAGAGUGUACCCAGGGUUUUGCCCAAAGUCAGCUGGGAUGGACUCCAGCAUACCCCCGCGACCCUAAUGAGCAGAAGCGGCAUAGAAAAUGGAUGGCUUGACACUAUUAACCUUGCAAUCCUACCUGCACUCGGUGUUCCCAGCGUCACUUGUUAGCUCUUAUACUUAAAAGUAUAACAAAAUAUAAAUUAAAUAAUAGAGCCUUGUAAUGACAUUUUAUACAAAAUAUGAAUAAUAAUGAAGGGACAAGGCCGCUUUCUGAAAAUGUGAACUCCCAGAACAAUUUAGUAAAAUAGUUGUGGUGUAUGGCCUUCACGUACCUGUAUGCUUUCCCUCCUGAUAUGCAAACGUAUGGUCUUCAGUCUUAAGGUGGCUCGGCUCCCAGACAUGAAAUUAGACUGUCCAUGUCCAUGUACUGUCGUCUCAUCAGGAGGGAGUGCAUACAGGUACUGUACAUAGAGGCCACACAUACACACUAUUGAGCCACACAAUGAGUUGUUUUGAAGGAAUUCACACAGCCUGCGAUUUUUUUUUUUUGUAUUCUUCUGAAUCAAGUCCUCAGUGUGUUAAGGAUUUAGAUUUCCAGAUUGAUGUCCCAGAAGUGUUACAAUGAUUGUCUUCCCUUUACUCUUUUAAAGGUUUCCCUCUCCUUAAAAAAUACUAACUACAGUAAGGAAAAACACACAUACAUAUUCAGUUGUCCCAAACAGCAUUUAUUCGUGUGAGGAAAAUAUCGUCUUGGUCCGAUAUUAUUAUUAUUAUUAUUAUUACUAUUAUAAUUAUAGAUCUUGCGUAGAAGGUCAGCUCAGGUGUUGUGCCGCAUGACUUGAUUUUUUUCUUUUUUUAUUAUUUUAAAGAAGACUGUCACUGUUACAAAGAGCUACGAAGCAUCGUACAUAUUUUAUAUAUAUAUAUAUAUAUAUAUGUAUUAUUUUUUUCAAAAUAACACUCUCAACUGCCACGUUUUUUUAAAUAAAUUAAAAUUCUAAAAUUGCAUUCCUUAAAUUACUUCCUGUUAGCCAGUAUAAACAAACAUGUACAUAUGUACAAAACUAUUCACAUGCACCUUUUUGCUACGCUGAGGUUGUCGUCAUACUGUGUAUCUCAAACACACACGCACACACACACUUGCGUUCGUGCCAGUGAAUGUUUGUGCUUUUUAAAGUCAAUUCUGCAAAGAAACAUAAAAAAACGGUGCUCGACCGCAGUAGUUUUUGUUUGCACAAACACCAGCUUGACUUGCAUUAUAAGAACAUAGUUUCACAAUAAAAAAAAAACAAAAAGCAAGACUACAAGUCCCACUUACAUCAUCAUGUCAUGGCUGGACUACAACCAGAACCGAAACAACAUGAACACUUCUGUAAAAACCCGGUGAGUCCAGCCAUGAAUGCGCAGUGAGACUUUUACACGCUGUCAAAACACAAAUACAAUCUAAUUACAGGAUGGUUCAGAUCGAGACAAUCCCUUUUAACAAUUCCACAUUUACACCCUUCAGCUUGAGUAACUUUGGCCAAAAAUUAAAUAAAAACCAUUUGAUAUGAACAGUGCAAAACCCCCCCAAAAAAACAACAAAAAAAGCACUUUUUCCCCUCCUUCCAUUGAAGUCACGCAUCAUUUAAGAGCACUGGAGAAGUUCCCAUUCAUGUAACUACAAAGUCAUAUAAAGUUGGAGGGCGUGAAGUUCAGGUUGCCUCUGAUAUGGUUCAAAUGCACCAUGGCACGGUCGUAGGCCGUGUGCACCGACUUGCGAACGCUUGGCUUCUUCCCUUCCAUCAGGCGUAGCUUGUCCACUGUGUCGUCCAUCCCCAUGGGUAGUAGCUUGUCCCGAGGGAGCCACUGCCUGCAAUUUAAAUAUGUUCAAUGAUGAUGUUGCACCAAACGUGAGAAAAGUUUUCUCCACUUUUGAGAGAACGGUACAUUUUGAAGUCGUGGCUUUUUAUGACAUCAUGAAGGAAAAACAUCCUUUCUCAUCGACAUGAUGCCAACUCUGGCCCACCUCUAGCUAGAUGAGCCCACUUCAUGUGCGGGACAGCUUUGUUAAAAAAAAAAAAAAAAAGAAAAACAGAAAAAUGGACGGAAAAAGGGGCUUCCCUACACAUCUUAAAAUCAAUCAAUCUGAGCUGUUUCAUCAGAAUGCUUGGAUUGCCCUGCCUUGGAUCUUACCAAGUCCUUUUGGUGUCAAAGAAGAGCACCAGGAAGAGUUUUUCAUCAGCCUCCAUUCGCCUCCACUCGCCCAGUUUGAGCACCUCCACAGGAGGCACUGGGAUGGGGACGCCAUUGUGAAGGAGUCCUUCCUGGGGCAUCUCUGGGUCAACAAUCUGUACCAAGGGAAAUGAAUGUUAGUGGCAUUCCACUGAACACUUGCUCGAUUACGUCUCACUUUCUUGGCGUUCUUACCAUGGCCGGGUAUGAUGGGUAUCCUCUGCAUUUGGCCCAGACCAGGUCCAGAGGAGCCAGUUCUAUCUCAGCAUCCAAACACAGAAGUGUCGGCUUUCCUGUGAACACCACAGUCCAACAGACAGUUCAUUUGCAGCUUGAAACAUGGAACUAAUUAUUCAUUUUAGAAUAAAAUGUGUUUAAAACAUCUGUGUUCACAUCAUGUAAGACUGAUUGCAAGACUCUUCUUGAAUCUAUCAACCUAGAAGCUGAAAGAAAGUCAUUUUGCAAAGGCAGUUACUGAAAUAUAAGACUCUUCCACACAAUCGAAGCUAAAAGAAUGCAAUUUCACUAAUAAAAUUAAGAGUACUAACUUGGGGUGUCAACGAGAUCUCGUGAGAUUAAAACAUGACAAGGUUUCUCGUACAGAAAAAAAGGGCACCGGCCUGGGAUGAUAAUAAAUUAAUCACAUGAUAAUGAAAAUUAUUUUUUUUAAAUUAAAAUGUGCCUGCGUGUCUGUUUUCCUAUUCUCUUGCCUCCAAACAGACAAGAGAUUUCAGUCCCGGGGUGCAUUUUCUACAUUAAAAAACCCCACAGCAUGAAUGGAGUGAGCCCUCUUGUCAGUACAGUCUCUUUGUCUAGCAUACACACAGCAGAAGAGUGUAGUAGCCUUGCGAGGAGCAAUGCAAGGUAACAUACAGCAGCAGGAAUUAGAAGGAAAAAAGCUGCUUGCAAAGCCAAAAGCCACAGCUGCGGUGUGGGAAUAUUUUGGCUUCAAAUUGAAUAAGCAAGGUGAGCUCGUAUGCCGAAUUUGUUCUAAAGUAGUGGCAGCUAAAAAACCCCAUAACCACCCGACCCAGUUUUCCCAUCUGGGGAAAUAACUAAACAUCAUAAUGCAGAACCUCAGUCCCGACAGUCAACACUGAGAUGUUUGGUUGGCAAAGUAAAUACAAACGGAACAGUGCACAGAAAGUCUACUUUGCUACAUCGCAAAAGAAAUGCUCCUCUUUAAAACAGUUGAAAAGCCAGCAUUUCAAGAAAUGGUGCAAACUAUUGACAGUACAAAUCACAAAACAUGUCACAAACAAUGUUACAACAGUGAAAGAUGACAUAUUAAAGGAAAUAUUGCAUUAUUGUGAUAUGAUACUGUAUAUGUGUGUGUGUGUGAAUACUGUACGUAUAAAGUGGUGUGAAAGUGUUUGCCCCUUCCUGAUUUCUUAAUUUUUCUGCACGUUUCUCACACUUAAAUGUUUCAGAUCAUCAAACACAUUUAAAUAUUAGUCAAUGACAACACUUUUUAUUAUUAAGGGAGACAAAAGAUCCAAGCCUACAUAAACCUGUGUGAACAAGUGAUUGCCCCCUAAACCUAAUAACUGGUUGGUCCACCCUUAGCAGCAACAACUGCAAUCAAGUGUUUGUGAUAACUUGCAAUGAGUCUCUUACAGCGCUGUGGAGAAAUUCUGGCCCACUCAUCUUUGCAGAAUUGUUGUAAUUCAGCCACAUUGGAGGGUUUUCCAGCAUGAAGCACCUUUUUAAGGUCAUGCCACAGCAUCUCAAUAGGAUUCGGGUCAGGACUUUGACUAGGACACUCCAAAGUCUUCAUUUUGUUUUCCUUCAUCCAUUCAGAAGGAAAACAUAGGAAAAUAUAUAUAUAUAUAUAUAUAUAUAUACUGCCCUGUCAUUUAUCAUAUUUUUGAUAACAUACAGUAAAAAUUGUCAUAUUUCAAACCGUGAUUAAUCUGAUUAAACUUUUUAAUCAUUUGACAGCCCUAAUAUACAUGUAUAAAUUAAUGUUAAAAUCUCAUGUCAUUCUUGUAAAUCUAAUCGUGUAUCAUCUCAUCUUGUGAGCUGAGUGUCUUGUGACACCCGUAGUAAUAACAGUAUAUCAUACAGUCUGAAAUAUAAGACGAGCCCUCUUUUUUAAGACUCAAGUGUGGUUUAUACAAGUAUGUACGAUGUACUGGCUUGCUCCACACCUCCUCCAAAAAAAUCUAACUUCGUGCUGUGGCAACGUGUACCAUAAAGGCUGUGAUUGGUGGGCUUAUUUACCUUAUUUCCUGUGUGUAUAUGACUCACUCAGGGGGCGUAUAUCCCACCUUUGCAAACGCUCUUAGAGAAGAGCGAUACGUGCUUUCAUGUUUGUCUCCAAUAAGACCAGAAAAAAGUUGCUACAUUUGUCGCUCGUCACUUUUUUGAAAAACUGAAUCUAAAGGUGUUGCUGAAUUGGCAACACUGAUCCAUGCUGCCAUGUUGCCUUAUUCUCUGGAACACCAGGUGUGUCUGGAGUUGUAAAGACAAGCCACACCGACAGUCCCAUUAUAAUGUGUUUAUACGGAGGGCCAACGGGUAGUGCCAAAUUUAUUUGUGGUGGGCCGCUACAAAUAAAGUGCAAUGGAAACACUGCAACAUGGGCAUCAAUGCGCUAAUAGGGCGACACAUACUGUGUGUGUGUGUGUGUGUGUGUGUGUAAAGUGAUUAGUCCUGAGACAAUUGUGCAUCAUGUGACAGCACACCUCGGAGACAAGCUCCAGAGUUGCGAUUGGACAUGAGGCAGAAGAUUUUAGUAAAACAAAAGGUUUUCAAAGAGGAGGAUCUCCUGUGACAACCAACCAGAUUCCGAGAUGUCUCCGUUCUCAUUGUUGGGAUCCUUGGCCAGAGCAGGUUUGCCUCGACUGCGUUUCGGCGGCGACGCCGUGCAGCUACAAGGUAACAAGAGAGUGAGUGCUUUAAAACCACUGACCGUUGGUAAGUGUGCACCACUCACUUCACUUUCUGCUCCUCCUCGUGCUCUUCCGCUUUUUCAUUUGUCAGCUCUAAACAGAAUAAGAGCAAAGAUAAAUGUGACUUUUCUCAAUGUGUGCUGUUAAGACGUUAACUGCUCACCCUCCUCAGCAGGGGGCGCUGAGUGUUUGUCCGCCUCACUUUCAGAGCUGUGACCUCUGGACCUGAGGUGGUGCGAAGAGGGCGAGGGAGGAGUCGGGGAGGCAUUGGGAAUGGAAGGUAAAGCGGUGAAGCCGUCCAAACCAUUGCUUUGAUCUUUGCCGUUCUGCCGUAGCGGAGAUUUCUUUUUUGUCGCUCUUGCCCCGUUUUUUGCCUUCUUGAACAGGACGGAUGUACGCCGACCCACCCCGACCACGGGCAGAGCCGGCGGCGAUCCCAGCGGUGUGACCUCGUGAAUGGCCUCCGGUUGGGACGACGGCGUCUCGCCGACCUCGGCCUCGUCUUCACCCUGGUUUUUGCUGCCACAGCGGGACGACCUCUGACGUUUGUAGGAGCGCCCUGGUGACCUCUGACCUCCUGUUGCGAUGCCCAGGACGGGCGGUUCCAGUGGGGCGUCGCCCGGUAGCGGGGAUGACACAGGACACGUGAGUUCUAACACAGGAGGAGAGUCAUCUAGAUGAGGAGAAAAUGUGUUAGGUUCAACAUGUCCGCUAAUAAACUAGAAUGACAUUUGUGGCGUCUCUUGCGGGUUGUGGUUAAAAUGCUUUGGAAGACAUCCUAACAUAUACUGAAUGGAAUACAGAUAUCGUCAAAAUUUUAUGAUAUAACAAAUGCUCAGUGACUUAUGGACAAUUAGUAGGUAAGUCCUGCCCGUGCCCGUGCCAUUUUGCUUGAUGGCGGCCAUGUUUUUGAUCAAAUUUUGAUCUUGUCAGUCCCCUAUAGGUGUGUAACAAAUUCUGUGGUGAUUUGGCUAAACACCCUAACGUUACAGUGGGAGUUUCUGUAGAGUCCAUUAAGCUGUGUGAAAUUUCAAGUCAAACUGACAUACAGUAUGUGGUUUAAUAGGCGUCACCAUGUGGUGUAUUUGCCAGAAAAAAUAAUAGCAAAGGCAACACAGAAGGGGUGCAUGUUUUGACAAACAUUCACUCUUUUGUGUGAAACAAGAGUUAUCUUACACAAAUAUAUUCACACAAUAGCACAGUGAUUCCCAAUAGCGCAGUAGUGUGGAGUGUGCUGCAGGAAAUUAUCCAAUUUUCAAGGCUGGGGAAAAACUGCUACAUCACAACUUAACUGGCAUGGAAACAAGAGUUCUGAACACUCAGAAAGAGACUCUACAUGCCUUUAAACAUAAUUAAAAACAAAAACAAUUAACGGCUAAUUUUCCACAUAAUCAAACAGAGUUCAGGUUGGCUUAACACCAAAUUAUACACUUUUACAGAUACCACAGUCCCUCCAGGAUUUCACUGUUUUUUGUUUAUUUUUUAUUGUUGUGGCCUAAAAUGCCUUUGUGACAAUUCUUUCUAAAAGUUGCAACCGUUUGAGGCCGUUUUUCUAGACCGUUUGAGGACUAGCUUUUUAAAAAACUUUUUUUUUUUUUUUUUUUU